AUGGAGAGCUAUGAAAAUGUACCACCCCUCCCUAAAGAACCUGCAAGAGAAAUGAAUGUGGAGAAUCAUACUUGUCCCCCACCUCUGCCGCCUAACGAACAGCCUCCACCACCUCCCCUGCAAACGUCCAGUGACGCAGAGGUAAUGGACGUUGGCUCUGGUGGUGAUGGACAGUCAGAUACCCCUGCUGGGGACACGCACAGUAUCUGCAGAACACAGCUUCUCACAAAGGGAUCUGCCUGCUACAAAAGUCGUCUUAUAAUAGACCCUAACGGUAGUGACCAAAGCCCAAGAACUGCUCGUCAUGCACCUUCAGUUCGAAAGUUCACCCCAGAUCUUAAGUUACUUAAAGAUGUCAAGAUUAGCGUUAGCUUUACAGAAAGCUGCAAAAGCAAAGAUAGGAAAGUUCUGUACACUGGAGUUGAGCAGGAUUAUAAGGCAGAUACAGAUUUUGGUAUGAAUAAUGUCAAUGGGGAUUUGCAUGUUUGUCCUUUUGGUGGUAGUAAUGGUAAAGCUGCAGGGAUAGGGGGUGAAAAUGAUGACAAGAAGGAUGAUGAAAAUGAUAUUGAUCAGGAAAAGCGAGUGGAAUAUGCAGUUCUGGAUGAGCUAGAAGAUUUUACCGACAAUUUGAUGGAAAUAGAUGAAGAAGGAGGAGGGUUCACAUCUAAAGCAAUCGUUCAAAGAGAUAAAGUGGAUGAAGAAACCUUGAAUUACUCAUAUGAGGAUGACUUUGAUAAUGAUGUGGAUGCUCUGCUGGAAGAGGGUCUUCGAGCACCCAAAACAAGGAGAAUAGAAAAUGAGAAAUAUGCUGGUGAAAGUGAUCACCAGUCUGAUGGAGAAACAAGUGUGCAGCCAAUGAUGACCAAAAUUAAAACUGUACUUAAAAGUCGUGGCCGCCCUCCUACAGAACCUUUGCCAGAUGGAUGGAUCAUGACAUUCCAUAACUCCGGCAUUCCUGUGUAUCUGCAUAGAGAAUCUAGAGUUGUUACCUGGUCUAGACCUUAUUUCUUGGGAACAGGAAGCAUAAGGAAACAUGAUCCUCCCCUUAGUAGCAUUCCCUGCUUGCAUUACAAAAAAAUGAAGGAAAAUGAUGAAAGGGAACAAAAUAAUGACAUCACCCCAAAUGGGGAAGUAUCACCUGUAAAGCACUUAGAUAAAUCUUCAGAACUGGACUGCCAGACAGAAGAACCAGAUUCUACUGCUGCUGAUUCUGGGCCUUUAGAUGACAAAGACCCAUCAGGGGGAGAUGCAGCACAAGGAGCCUUAGGACAAGUUAAGGCCAAAGUUGAAGUCUGUAAAGAUGAAUCUGUAGAUCUGGAAGAUUUUAGGCGCUAUCUUGAGAAGCGUUUUGACUUUGAACAAGUUACUGUCAAGAAAUUCCGCACCUGGGCCGAGAGGCGGCAAUUCAACCGUGAAAUGAAGCGCAAGCAGGCAGAGUCCGAGCGGCCCAUCCUGCCUGCCAACCAGAAACUCAUUACCUUGUCUGUGCAGGAUGCACCUACAAAGAAAGAAUUUGUCAUUAAUCCCAAUGGGAAAUCUGAAGUUUGCAUACUGCAUGAAUAUAUGCAACGAGUCCUAAAGGUUCGCCCUGUUUACAAUUUUUUUGAAUGUGAGAACCCAAGUGAACCUUUUGGAGCCUCAGUGAUAAUUGAUGGAGUAACUUAUGGGGCAGGAACUGCCAGCAGCAAAAAGCUUGCCAAGAAUAAAGCUGCUCGAGCUACACUGGAAAUCCUUAUUCCUGACUUUGUUAAACAAACCUCUGAGGAAAAGCCCAAAGACAGUGAGGAACUUGAGUAUUUUAACCAUAUCAGUAUUGAGGACUCACGGGUAUAUGAACUCACCAGUAAAGCUGGACUCUUGUCUCCCUAUCAAAUUCUCCAUGAGUGCCUUAAAAGAAACCAUGGAAUGGGUGAUACAUCCAUAAAGUUUGAAGUUAUUCCUGGUAAAAAUCAGAAGAGCGAGUAUGUCAUGACUUGUGGCAAGCACACGGUGCAAGGCUGGUGCAAAAAUAAAAGAGUGGGGAAACAAUUAGCUUCUCAGAAAAUCCUCCAGCUGCUGCACCCACAUGUGAAAAACUGGGGCUCUCUUUUGCGUAUGUAUGGUAGAGAGAGUAGCAAGAUGGUUAAACAGGAAACCUCUGAUAAAAGUGUGAUAGAACUUCAGCAGUAUGCCAAAAAGAACAAGCCAAAUCUGCACAUCCUCAACAAGUUACAGGAGGAAAUGAAGAAACUGGCACAAGAAAGAGAGGAAACACGAAAGAAACCCAAGAUGACAAUAGUGGAAUCCGCUCAACCUGGCAGUGAGCCUCUCUGCACUGUUGAUGUGUAAGCAGAAAGUCUGCAAGUGGGGAGCAAUAACACAAAUGGAGUAACUAGAUCGUCAACAAUACUUAAAACGUUGUUUGCUGCAGAAUGCAAGAUAACUUUUCAAAUCCAAGCUGCUUCAGUUUAUGCAUUGUUCUUUUUGCAUCAUCAGGGCAAUAUUACUUUUUUUUUUUAAUACCUCUGAGAUACGUACGUUUAAAGGAUUGAUCAUAAAGAUCUCUACUUGGGCAAAAUGCACAGAGGACAGGCAUGUUCACACAGGAUAAAAUCAAACAAGCACUUUUUUUUUUUCUGGAAAGCUAUCCAUUUUGGUUUGAAAUGGAUGUGUUUCAAGGAUGAAAUUCAAAAUAUUUAUGUACAGGUUGAAGUUGAUAUUCUCUCUAUACACACAUUCAUAUAUAUGUAUAUAUCAAAGAAAUCUAUGGACGUUCUCUUGUAUGAACAUGCCUACAACUAUUUUUGUGAACAGUUUCGUCGCAUUUCAGCACAUAAUAAUAUGCACUGAUAGGACACUUUGGUGACAAACACAUGAAAGUGAUGAGAAUUGUUUUUAAUGUCAUAGGAUUAGGCCAGUAAUGCUGUUUCUUUUUGAUUUAUUUGUUUUUUGUCUCCUGCCAGGCUUAGCUACUCAAAAUCACAGUAUGCAGAUUUUUUUUAUUACUUGAAAAGAACAAGUAUACCUGGUAGUGUUAAGAGCAACAAGCUGGAUAUCUAAAAAUUACUGGUGUUUAUUUUAAUUGAAAAGAGCCUAGGUCACUUUACAGGUGGGUUGAAAGAGGAAAAUAGGAUCCUAUUUAUUCGAUGACAGUAAAUUUGAAAGGCUGUUUUCAAAGCUUGGAGCCAAAAUGCAGCUGAUAAUGGUUGACAGACUGAAAAUAUUUUGCCAAUGAUGUGUUUUUAAACACCUUCCAUUCCCUUUUCCCAGCAAUAAAACAAUUUUCUUCCUUUUUUUGAAGUCAGAAUACAUCUGAUUUGAUCAGUUAAGUCUUAAUUUGCUCCAUAAAAGAACAGAAUUAAACACAACAACCCUAAGAAACAUGAAAUAACUGCAGCAAAUUAGUUGUUUUUUUAA